UCCAAAUGUGGGCCAAGACCUGGGACCACUUGGCCAUGUGCUGGGUCACGUAGCUGGCACUGGGCUUCAGCCAGCCGCCUCCCUGGGCCACGUGGGGCAGCCGGAUGAACAAGGACCAGAGUGUUGAAGGACCAGGAAGCAAAGAGUUACAGGAGCCGUGCCCCAGGGCUGGGGCCAGGCGUGUUUCGGUGUCACAUAGCAACACUUCACGCUUCACCACCGACGCAAGGGGUUUUGCUCUGAGGCCUGCCCAGACCAAGGGGGACAGGAGGGUCCCGGGCCACGGAGCAGCCCCAGGGGCACGAUACCAGCCAGAGCAGUGCCCUGAUUUACCCCGGCAGGGGCACGCGUGGUGUUGGGGGCCACUCGAAUGGCCAAGCAGGAGCCGGCCCCGCUGCCACCGGCGGUGCCUCCGGAUGGCACUGAAGCCCCUCCACCCCGGGCCGCGCCGGGGGGCACGCACCGCAGCUCCCAGCCCCCCGAUGCACCACCCCGGCCCCCAGCCCCGGCGAAGAGCACCGAGGAGGCCAAGCCGCCCCUCCUGCCCUCCCGCCGCAGCUCCAUCCUCAGCACCCUCACCGCGCCCUUCGCCAGCCGCCGGAGCUCGCUCUGCGCGGCGCCCGGGGGCAAGCGCCCCGCCGCUGGCCCCUGGAUGCUCCACAGCCGCGUCAGCUUCUCGGGGCUCCCCCUUUUCCAGCCCAUCCAGGAGAUUCGCUAUGAAAACACCUACAAGGUGCAGCCGGACGAGGGCUGCAAGUUCAACGCCUGCCGGGUGCAGCGGGUGCUGGAGUCGGCCCUGGCCGGCUCGCUGGGCAACACAGCGUACAGCGCCCAGAGCGGCGCCCAGCUGGCCCACGGCCUGGCCGACCUGCUGCGGAGCCGGGCAAAGGAGGUGGUGCCGCCCCGCUACAAGCUGGUCUGCCACGUGCUGCUGGGCCAGCAGGGCCAGCAGAGCCUGCUGGUGGCCAGCCGGGCGCUGUGGGACCCCCAGAGCGACAGCUUUGCCUCAGCCACCUUCUUCAACACCUCCCUCUUUGCUGUGGCCACGGUGCAUGGGCUCUACUUUGAGUAGCCCUGCUCCAGCCUUGUAGCACUGCAGAAGAGGGGCUGGAAAUAAAGAGA